AUGCCACAAAAUCUGCUGCUGCUGCUCUCGUUGAGCCUGACGCACGCCGAGCUGCCACUGGACGCGCUGCUGGCCGCACCCAUGCAUGACAUUCCGCAUUUGCAUGUGCUGCUGCGUCACCAGCUGCGUCACGAGGAUGCUGCCAAUCCACACGCACUUUGGUUUCUGCAACAUACGAGCGUGUCCCACAGCGUGCACAGCUACGUGGCACAGCAGCCGCCAGCGUCACUGCAGCGAAGCACACGCGAGAGUUUCGUUGUGGUCUUGAGCCUUGAGCAGCUGAUGGCCAAAAGCGGCGUCGCCAAUACGCGUCAACGUGCUGGUGUCUACUUCUUCAUUGUCGACGACGAGCUGAACACGCUACAGCAGCUCCAAUUGGAGCAGCGCUGCCGCGAGCUCUGGCUGGAGCACAAGGUCUACAAUCGUUACAUAAUCAGCAGCAAUCUUAUAUGGAUAUACGAUCCUUUUGGCAGCAGCAGGCGUGACGCUGAAGAAUACGGUCGCCUGAUCGUCUAUCCUGGUGGUGAGCCGCUGCCCUGGCUAUUGUUCCACAACCUGCGCGGCUAUCCGCUGCGCGUGCAAAUCUUCAAGUCUGUCUAUGCGCGUCCCGAGCUGGAUCCAGAGACGGGUCUGCUGCGUCGCAUCACUGGCGUCGACUGGCAGGUGGCGGAAAUCCUGCGCAUGCAUCUUAACUAUACGAUGCUGCUACAAGAGCCGGACAAAAACUAUUUCGGUGAGCGCAGUCCGGACGGCAGCUACAAUGGCGCCAUUGGGUCCGUGAUGAACGACGGGCUGGACAUUUGCCUCACCGGCUUCUUUGUCAAGGACUAUCUGGUGCAUGACUACAUGGACUUCACCGUGCCCGUCUAUGACGAUCAGCUGUGCAUCUAUGUGCCCAAGGCGCGACGCAUACCGCAGUCCAUUCUGCCCAUAUUUGCCGUUGGCUAUGACAUUUGGUUGGGCUUUAUUUUCUCGGCCUUUGGCUGCGCUUUGGUGUGGCUAACGCUGCGGCUGAUCAAUCUGCAGCUGCGCAUUGUGCGCAUCGUUGAGCCAGGCAGAUGGCAACAGGCGUUGAAUAUCAUUGUGGACACGUGGGUGGUUUGGGUGCGCGUCAAUCUCUCCCAUUUGCCGCAGAGCUAUGCGGAGCGCAUGUUCAUCGGCUCGCUUUGCUUGGUCAGCGUCAUCUUCGGCGCCGUCUUCGAGUCCAGUCUGGCCACGGUCUAUAUUCAUCCGCUGCACUAUAAAGAUAUUUUAACAAUGCAGGAUUUGGAUGAUAGUGGUUUGAAUGUUAUUUACAAGUACACUUCCAUGGCGGAUGAUUUGUUCUUCAGUGACACCUCACCGCUUUUUGCCAGCCUGAAUAAGAAACUUAAGUGGAACAAAGAUCUCGAUGCGGAUGUCACCAACGAGGUGGCCACAAUUGGCGGCAAGGCUGGCAUCUCGCGUUACUCCUCGCUCAUGAUGGAGUCGGCCAACUAUUUGCUGACGCGUCGCAUUUGGGUGGUGCCCGAGUGUCCCAAAUAUUAUACCAUCUCGUAUGUUCUGCCGCGGGAUGCGCCCUGGGAGGAGGCGGUGAAUGCUCAGCUGCUGCUUCUGCUCAACGCUGGCCUCAUACCCAAGUGGAUUGCUGAUCAGAACUUCAAGGUCAACUUGCGCAUGCGCAAGAUUUUGCGCCAGUCGCCAGAUCAACAGAGCUCCAUGCAGCGCGUGCUCACCAUCAACGAUCUGCAGUUGUCCUUCUAUGUGGUUAUUGGUGGCACUCUGCUGGCCUGGCUCGCAUUUCUAGCAGAGCAUGUCUGGGUCAAGUGCUGCCGUCGCCAUUGA